AUGGCGAAUGAAACCGAAAGUUGCCAGAACGGGGACGGAAUUUGUGUACCGGAAUAUCUGUGCGAAAACGGAAUAAUUAAAUUGUUCGGCGAAGGAUUAAUAGAUGAACGUGUGGAUUUGAACGAAUGUUCCGCGGGAUACGUGUGUUGCCGAGAGGAUUCGUACAGCCCGCCACUUCAGGUGAACAUUAAUCUUGUCGACACGGAUAAGGAAGAUUAUUGUGAAGGGCUAUGUGUGCCGUUCGAUCAAUGUCCGGAAGUCGACAGUGAAUCCGGAGGUGGCAUUAAUUUGCGUUAUCAAUAUGGAAGAUGUCCGUCCAGUCAGAUUUGUUGUAAAAAUCCCACGCAAGGAUGCAAGGAUGGUGUUUGUAUGUCGAUUGAUCAGUGUUUGGAAGCCGACACUGAUAUUAACUUGAGAUUAUUGGAUUCGAAUUGUCCUUUUAAUGAAGUUUGUUGUAAAAGUUUUAACCAGCAGAUAACGUCACAGGGCAAUGCAUGCAAAGGAAACUGUGUUCCAUUGUUUAAAUGCAUGAAAAUGGCUUCGGAAAGCAGUCAAAUCAAUCUUCGAAUUUCGGAUGAAUGUCCUCCUAGUUUAAUAUGUUGCGAAAGCGUGCCUCAAUCAAAAUGUACAGGAACAUGCACCGCUAGUGAAUUUUGCGCGGAUGAUUUCUCACCCGAAGCUGAGAUUAAUUUACGAUUGAUGGACGAUACCUGCUCAGCAAAUCAAAUUUGUUGCUCAUCUUUAAAACCCAUUCAAAUGCCAAAUGAAUGUGAAGGAUCUUGCGUUUCUUACCAAGAAUGUGACGACGGUCCAUUCGAGUUGGAUUAUUCCAAGCAAAGAUGUCCAAAGAAUCAAGUUUGCUGUAAGAAAAAGAAACUAAUUUUAGAUGUUCCUCAAGGUUGUAAUGGAAAGUGCGUUGCACUACGCGAUUGUCCAGAACUUGCUCAAAGCAGCUCUAUCGAUUUACGACUCUCGAGUGCUUUGUGCCCGGUAAAUCAAGUUUGUUGUAGAAAGCCGUUUGCUGCGGAGACUUGUGGUGAUGGGUUGUGCAUUCCACCAGAAGACUGUGCCGAUACAAGUACGUCUUUGGUGAACCUGAGGGCAACUAGCGAUAAUUGUCCUCCGAACACGCAGUGCUGCUCGCACCCUAAGACUAACAAACAUAUGUUUCUCAGUGCACCUCCAGUUGUCGAUUCAUAUCCUCAGAAAAUGUUAUGCCCAGGAACUUGUACUUCAUACGAUCAGUGUCAGACACCUACCAAUGCAAUAAAUUUAAGAUUUAUGGAUCAGAGUUGCCCGAAGAGUCAAAUUUGCUGUAUGGAUCUUAAAACUACUGUAUUGAGUAUUCCGGAGGUAAAAACCUGCGAUGGAAUCUGCGUAUCUGCCAGGCAGUGUCCGGGGGGAGCAUACUCGGAUCAUUCGAUCAAUCUUAGAUUGAAAUCAGAAGGAUGUUCAGUUGGGCAAAUUUGCUGUAGUCAGUCUAAAGCAUUGAACAUUUUUUGUAAUGGGACAUGUGUUCCGAACGACCUGUGCUUGGAUUCUGGAGGAUUUAACUUAAAAAGUUCGGAUGAUCAAUGUCCUGGCAAUCAAAUUUGCUGCGAACACGUGAAGUCCAGAUCAGAUGUGUCAAAAGCUACCUGUAAUGGUCGUUGUGUUCGACUUGAGCAGUGUCCACAAUAUAAUGCAGAUGAUAAAGCGUUGAUCAAUUUAAGAUUGACUGGCAACGGUUGUCCCUUCAAUCAAGUUUGCUGCCAAAGUUCGUUACCAUCCGAUGCGUGUAACGGUGUGUGUACUUCAUCCGAGGAGUGUGAUGAAAAUUUUAUAAACUUGCGAAGCUCGAAUGCUUACUGUUCCAAUAAUCAAGUUUGCUGUGAAAAGCUGAAGCUAUCAACAUCUACAAAGUGCAAAGGAAAAUGCGUUCCCCAUCAACAAUGUCGCAAUAAUGGUUCUGGAAGUAAUGUAAUUAAUCUUAGAAAAAGUAAUUCAGGCUGUCCUGCAAAUCAAGUUUGCUGCGAGACCCAGACCGGUUCGAAUUCUUGCAAUGGAGUUUGCGUUGCUCACCAGCAAUGCGCAGAUGAUUUAGGCGAAGUAAAUUUGCGUGAUACUGAUAGUGGAACAUGUCCGAUAAACAAGGUAUGUUGUACAUCUCCCAAGAUAUUGGUGAACACUACGACAUGCGAUGGAACGUGUGUACCAAAGGAAUACUGUUCUGAUAAUGUUAAAGAUUACAAUGAAAUUAAUCUCAGGUUACAUGAUAACCGUUGUUCUCAAAAUGAAAUCUGUUGCAGUAAACCGGAACUGAUCGUUCACUUAACAGGUCAACCAAAACCAUUAAAUCCGAUCAGUCCGCAGGAAAACUCGCAGUCCUGUACCAUGAACAAUGAUCCGAGAACGUCCAUCCUAGGCAAAGUCGAUGUUCCGUGGUUAGUCAGCAUUUGGAGUCGCCAGAAACUACUGGGUAUUGAAAGAAAUCAAUACGAAUGCGUAGGUUCAUUACUUCAACCGGGUUUAAUUCUCACUUCUGCCGAUUGCUUGACCAACUUUAACGCCGACCAAAUCUAUGCACGGAUUGGGGACUUCAAUCUUAAACCAUUGAACACCCUCUCAAAAAGAAGGGAAUACGGAAUAUCUAAAAUAACAAUCCAUCCGGAUUACAACGCUCAAUCAGGAGAUGCAAACAUUGCGGUGCUAAGGUUGAGUAAAAAUUCUACCACCAAGAGUAAUGUCUGCCUUUCGCAGUACUCAGAGGGGAUUUCGAAUUCCGACUGCUUCUUAAUCGGAUGGAACAAACGGUCCAUAAUGAAGGACGACAUUGCGAACGCUAUCCCCGAGAAACAUUUACUAAGGUUAAAAGCUGGGCAAUUCAACUGUCCGGAAGGUAUGUUCUGUACCGACCGUUUUGAAUCCAGUUUGUACUGUGACAGUUUCCAAGGAUCUCCACUGGUCUGUUUCGAAAGUGGUGGACGCAGUUGGAAAGUGUUUGGGAUUUCUACCGGAAAAAGUGAACUUUGUGACAAAUCUGCGGUCCCGAACGUUCUGACCGCUACUGGUUCGUAUGAAAUGUGGAUAAGAGAACAAAUAUCACCCAGCUUUAUGCAAGUGCCGAUGCCACCAAUGCCAAACCGGUUAUAUCUGCCGGCACUGCCCUGAUAUCAGAACUUAGGAACAUU